AUGUGCUCAAUUGCUAGGCAUAUGGGGAGCAUCAUGCUCGUCACUUUGCUGGGACUGCCUGUGGGGCUGGCAGCUGAUACCGAGGGGGCCGUGGUGAAGGACUUCGACGUAAGCAAGUUUUUAGGAUUCUGGUAUGAGAUUGCCCUUGCCUCCAAGAUGGGUGCCCACGGCUUGGCACAGAAGGAAGAGAAGAUGGGGGCCAUGGUGGUCGAGCUAAAGGAGGACCUCCUGGCUCUGACCAACGCCUAUCACAAUGAGGACCGCUGUGUGCUGGAGAAGGUCACAGCCACUCAGGUGGACGGUCCAGUGAAGUUCAAGGUCACCAGAAUAUCAGGAAAGAAAGAAGUUGUUGUUGUAGCCACAGACUACAUGACGUAUGCCGUGAUUGAUAUCACCUUCCUGGUGGCUGGGGCGGUCCAUCGGGCCAUGAAACUGUACUGUCGGGGCUUGGACAACAACGGGGAAGCCCUGGAUAAUUUCCAGAAGAUAGCCUUGAAGCAUGGGUUUUCAGAAACAGACAUAUACAUUCUCAAACAUGACUAUAGAGAAACCAAGGCUUUGCCAAAGCCCAGCAGCUGGGACAACAGGACCCUAGCCUGUGACCCUAGCCUGUGA